ACUUUUUUGAUAGCUUGGCUUUAAACCUUUUGUAGAUCAGAGAGUUUUUAGAUAGUUUUAUGCGCAAUUCUGAAUUUCCAUUUGUAUUUUCGUUUUGCUAUUUGUAUUGUUUUCUACUGUAAUACAAUCCAACCAUGAAAUUACUGUGUUUAAGAACCUGUUAAACAUCAUGGUAUCACUGUAUCAGUAUGGGGAAACAACUCUUUUGGAUAAAGUUUCAGGAAGACUUUGGAGUUGUUCAAUGGCUUUUGUUGUCGUAACCUCUCUGCUAGAUAUGGUAGAACACCUUCUUCAACUCAAUCCAUCUCUGAUUCGUAAUGGUAAAGAAAUUUUUGUGUCAUUGUCGCACAUUAUUGUGUCAUUGUCGCACAAGCUCCGCUUUUUGCAAGCAUUUUUGGAAGAAUCUGGGAAGAAAACCAAGGAUCCUCGUGUUAAGGGAACGUUGGAAGCUAAGAUCCGAGAUGUAGCUGUUGAAGCAGAAGGGAAAAUAGAAUCUGAACUGAGAGAAAUUUAUUUGGCGGCUAAUAGGGGAGAUUGUGUAGAUGAGGCUUGUCAAGGUCUUCAUCAGACCUUGGAACAAAUAGUUAAAGAUAUUGAGCGAGUUCAAACGGGGAUUGAAUGGAAAGUGAGUACUGAUUCACAUGUUGGUUCAUCCCCAAAUGAUUUUAAGGAAGAGAAUGCCAUAGUUAGGGGUGCCUCCGAAAACGCUGUAGAGGCUGAGAAUGAAAUCAUUGUAGGGUUCACUGAAGACAUAGUGGAGUUAGUGGACAGGCUAAAGUCCAAGAAAGACGAAGUUAUUUCACUCGUUGGGGAAGGCGGCAUAGGAAAGACUACGUUAGCUAAAAUAAUCUUUGAGCAUGAAAAUAUCAUUGCUCAUUUUGGCAUUCGAGCAUCGGUUGUUGUGUCUCAAGAACCUAAUAUCAAAGAGAUGCUAAUUGGUUUGUUGCGUUAUAUUGUGCCGAUGACCAGUGAAAUCUCCAACAAAGACGAAACUCAGCUUAGAGAUGAACUGCACAAAAGAUUGAUGGAGCAUAAGUAUUUAAUUGUGUUAGAUGACGUAUGGACUACUUCAGCUUGGCAUGCCAUUGAAGGAUGUAUUCCACCAAAUAAGGAUGAUGGAAGUAAAAUCAUGAUUACUACUCGGAUCUAUGAGGUGGCUAGAUCUGUUAGUGAGCGUCCACACAAUAUGAAGUCCCAAACUCCAGAUAAAAGCUGGGAAUUAUUUUCGAGGAAGGUGUUUAGGGAAGGAUGUUUAUGCACCCCCAAGCUUGAGAAACUUGGGCGUGAAAUUGUAAAUUGUUGCGGUGGAUUACCGCUGGCAAUUCUUGUGAUUGCUGGACUUUUGUCUACAGUUAAAGGGUCACUGGAAAUAUGGACAGAUGUAUUAGAAGCUUUGAGUGGAAUGGAUGCAGAUAACAGAAUUUCAAAAAUACUAUCAUUGGGCUUUGACUACUUGCCAAGUCACUUAAAAGCUUGUUUUCUUUAUUUUGGAGUCUUUCCUGAAGAUAGUGACAUUCUUAUUAAGAAAAUAAUAAACUUAUGGGUUGCAGAGGGAUUUUUAAAACCAGAGAAGAAUAAGAGUUCAGAAGAAGGGGCAGAGAAUUGCUUGCUUGAUCUUAUUAACAGAAAUCUAGUUCAAUUUAGCGAACUAAGUAUUGACGGCAAGAUCAAGUCGUGUAAGAUUCAUGAUCGAUUACAUGAGAUUUGUGUCAGAGAAGCUAAAAGGGAGAAUAUUAUUUGUCUCCUUCAUGAAAAACAUGCUCCCAAAGAUGUUCGUUGGGUAAGUUGUCAAUCAAGUGGUUGGCCAUUCACUCCAGAAAAUUAUAAGACUCACACUUCCAAGGAAAUCCACUCCAUUUUCUACUUUGGUAAAGAGUUAUACCUUUCAAAAUGUAGAUUGGUAUUCCCGGAUUUGGUAUUGCUAAGAGUAUUGGAUUUAUCUUUAAUUAAAUGCUUGCAUGGCAUGCCUAAUGGAAUAGUGGAUUUGAUUCAUUUAAGAUACUUGGCUUUGAGCACUAUAGGUUCUUUUUAUAAGUUUCAAUUGUUGAAGCUUAAAAAUUUGCAAACUCUCAUUGUUUCUUCAUGGAUGGAAGAGUACCCUUUGCAAGUGCAAUAUGAUAUUUUGGAUUUGCCACAAUUAAGGCACUUGCGCCUUCAAAAGAGAUGUUCACAAUAUCUCCCAAGCGAGACUCGAAAAAAUCUGCAAACUCUUUAUUGGUUAAAAGUUACUAGCUCAGACCGAAAUCCAAACUUUGGAAUGGUUCCAAACUUGAAGGAACUUGGGAUUUACAUAGAAGGUGAACUAGUGUCUGGUUGCCUUGAGAACCUUGUCGAUUUAGAUCUGCUUGAGAAAUUAAAAUUUAGAAUUGGAAGGGUUGAGCGGUUUUGUCUUCCUACCAGCUUUCCAUCAAAGCUUAAGAAGUUGACACUCUGUAGUACAUAUCUUCCCUGGGAUGAGAUGGGCGUAAUUGGUAAGUUAUCUAACCUUGAGGUACUCAAAUUGAAAGAUUUUGCCUUUUGCGGCCCACAAUGGGAACCAAUAGAGGGGGAGUUUAAGAGAUUAAAGGUGCUUCUUAUUGCACGAUCAGAUCUUAAACGAUGGGAACCAAAUGUUCAUCAUUUCCCAAUUUUGGAGCGUCUAAUUCUAAGGUAUUGUUGGGACUUGAAAGAAGUUCCUAAUUGUUUUGCCAGAAUUGGAACAAUGAAAUUAAUUGUGUUAGACAGUUGUACUUCUUCUCUUGUGGGUUUUACAAAGAAGUGGUUAGAAGGGAUGGCAGAUUGUCCACUUCGUUUUCGUCAAGUUGGAAUUAAGGUUGAAUUGCCAGAUAAUGAAAGCUUUGAAGAAGUAACUGUAGAAAGCUCUGAAGAAGAAAGUGUGGAAAGCUCUAAAGAAGAAAGUGUGAAAAGCUCCAAAGAAGAAAGUCUGAAAAGCUCUAAAGAAGAAAGUGUGAAAAGCUCUAAAGAAGAAAGUGUGAAAAGCUCUAAAGAAGAAAGCGUGGGAAGCUCUAAAGAGGAAUGCAUGGGAAGCUGGAUGGUUGAAUUGCCAAAUAAUGAAAGCUCUGAAGAACUAAGUGUGGAAAGCUCUAAAAUAGAAAGUGUGGGAAGGUAUAAAGAAUUAAGUGUUGGAAGCUCUGACGAAUUGAGUGUUGGAAGCUUUGAUCAAGAAAGGUUGAAAGCUCGGAAGAGUGUGAGGAAAUAUCUAAAGAAGAAGGUGUCGAAAUCUCUGAAUGCAUUCAAAGAAUUGAUGAGGAAAGUGUUGUAAGCUCUAAGAAGAAAGUGAUUGAGGAAUUUGUUAAUUUUGGGCUUAUUAUAAACUUAUGAAAGCCAAGCUUGUAGGCUCCUGGGUGAAGUUAAUCAGGUCAUCAUUGCUGAAUAAGUUCUCUGUUGCUUUCAUGAGUUCAUGCACUGGCUAAUGUUGAUCAGUAUACCUCUCUUGUACAGUUUCAAUCCAGAUUGGUGGUUGGGAAUUUGUCUAACCAUGUUUAUGUAUAGAACUAAGAUGUUUUAUUAUCCCGCUUUUGGGAGAAAACAAACAGAGAGGAUUUCUUGCUGCAAUUCUUCAAGUGCAGCUCAGAGCCCCGGGUAACCAAUAGCCAGAUUGUGCUCCGGCUAAUACAGAGUUUAGCUUCUAUCAAAUCCCGUUUUGGGGAGCUCUGCCGAUCCCUGUUGUUUCAUUCACAUGGUUUGCAAUUGAGAAAAGGAAGAAAGCUUUAGAAGAACAUAAGGAGCAUUUUCUCCUAUUUGCUUUGACUCUGUUGCAUGCGGUGUUUUAAUGCCAAAACUGGUAAAUACUUUGAGAUGGUUUUUGCUAAUUGUUAACAAAUAUACAAAUGAUCAUUUUCUC